GAUGCUCCUGGACUAUGUCAUUGGGUCAUAUGCAUCGCAUCAACUUCAUUGUGAAUUUCGUCGAAGAUUUUUUGAACAAUGCUAUGGAGUCGCUGAACAAUCCGUUUAUGGGAGUAUAAAGUUUUAUAAAUUCCCCGAUAGGAUUUUGUUUUCUCAUACUCAUCCAUAUCUUCGAUACAUCUACAUACUCUUCACUCCAAAUAAGAAUUCUGUUUUUGAAUUGACGAUAUCGACGAAUCAACCUACCAACCAAAAAACCACAUCCACUAAGCAAUCAUGCCUACUACAAUCAGAAAAAUCGUGUACGCUUGCAGCCACGAACUUCCUAACUUGAGCUUUCAAGCUCCACAAAAGCCCUCGGUAAUCAGCAGACUCAAGCGAGCUCUUACUUCCACCGAAACAAUCCGAACACCCUCCUUGGAGUUGUGUCCGUAUUGUGUACGGGAGAGAGAGGAGAAAGCGCAACGAGAAGCCGAACAACGAAGACCACAGGCCCCAACGCGACAGCAGACGAUUCCUCGCAGAGCCCACGCAAGACCAGCAUCGCAGUCUCAAGCAAUCCCAAACCAAUUAAGACGGUACAAUACCGAAGCUGCCCGACCACCGGUAUCUCUAGUGUCGCCAGUGUCGCAAGCCGCCUUAGAUGCAGGAUACGAAGCGGAUGCGGAUGCGGACGCGGACCCCGCUCUUCAAUCUCGGAAUCCCUACCGGGAUACCAACAUGGAACGUCUUAGAGAAGACUUCCAUGCACGGGACAUGGAAGAGAAGUUGAGGGAUAGUCUUGCGAGAGAGUCGCCUGCCGAUCGAAGAGCGCGCCUGUUUCGGGAGGAGAAAGUUCGGAAGGAGUGGAAGGCGAGAGACGCAACAAGGGAUUACAACGAGUUCAUCCAGGACCAAGCGCCACCGGCUACUCGUCCUACGGAUCUCAAGGAGCUUUUCCUCCAAGCUCGUACUCCUCAUACGUCCAUCGCGAUACCCGCAGAAUCAGCUUCCCCCGGACUGGAUCUACGGGCAAGAGCUGCACGGAUCAAAGAGGAGAAGGCGAUCAAGGAGCAGAGGACAAAGGCUCGUUGUCAACUGGUGCGGAAAGAGGAGAUAGUGAUCUUUUGUACGACGAUGGCAAUCUUUACGUUGCGAGUUUCAACGAGUCGGUGCACUAUUUGUAUCAUCGGUUGGAACUUUAAAAAUAAUCAAAAUACUUUUAAAAAAAAUAGGAAAAUACAAAAACUUAUACAAAAUAAAACUUGCUCUUGUGCACUUUGGAGAUUAUUGUGAAAACAUGAAAACGGGAGAAUACGGUGAAUAAAAUGACUGUUAUAUGA